UCACCCUUCUCUCCUUAAAACAAAAGGAGGCAGCUUCAACGGCCAUAAGAACGUGAUCUUGACGAUGAAUGGCCCACCCAACACCCUCUUCCACCCCACCCCAUCAACGCCAACAACAGCCAGACCCCAACAGUUGAAACCCUUUCUUUCUUCCACCACCAGACACAACCACAACAGUCAUGCCACAGCACGCCCACAACGAAAGAUUUCCCCCAAACAACGACGACGACGACAACAACAACAACACUUGAAACCCCUUCUUUCUUCUCCAGGACCAAUCACACCCACCAGACGCAGCACCAACAGUCAUACCACAACACUCCCACAACGAAAGAUUUCACACCAACAACAACCACGACGACAGCAGCGGCCACAACAACUACAAGAAGAAGAUGAACAACAACAACACAGGGCCCUUGCCGUCGAGAGCUUCCAUAGAAAUCAGAGUCUCAAGGCCUUACUCCAUAAGCUCCAAAGCAAAGAAGGGUCAGAUCCUCUUCAAAUCCUCCUCGCAUCGGAUGGAGGAGAUUGGAGCAAAGAGGAGUUCUGGGCCGUUAUCAGAUUCCUCGAUCAAACCUCUCAAUUGAAAGGCGCUCUCCCGGUGUUUGAUUUCUGGAAGAACAUAGAGAAAUCCCGAAUCAAUGAGGCUAACUACGCGAAGAUCAUCGAGUUGUUGAGUAAAUCAGGUAUGAUGCAAGAAGCAGUGUCAAUGCUUCAAGAGAUGAAGGCGUAUGGUCUUAUCCCAUCUGUAGCAAUCUACAAUUCCAUAAUUCAUGGGUUUGCUGAGAAAGGGGAGUUCGAUCACGCCCGAAAUUUUCUCACAGAGAUGGUGGGGAAUGAUUUGAUGCUGGAAUCUGAAACGUAUAAUGGACUUAUUCAAGCUUAUGGGAACCAUCGAAUGUAUGAUGAGAUGUGUAAGUGUGUCAAGAAGAUGGAAUCGGAGGGUUGUUUACUCAAUCAUGUUACUUACAAUAUACUGAUUAGGGUGUUUGCCCAAGGAAGAUUGAUCGAGAAAAUGGAAGGAGUGCAUCGGACUAUUCUUUCGAAUCGGAUGGAUUUGCAACCAUUGACUUUGAUUGCAAUGCUCGAGGCCUAUGCAGACUUGGGGAUUUUGGAGAAGAUGGAGAAAGUUUAUCAUAGGAUUUUGAACUCAAAGUCCCAUUUAAAUGAGGGCUUGAUUAGGAAAAUGGCUGGUGUUUAUAUUGAGAAUUACAGGUUUUCUCGAUUAGAGGACUUGGGGCUCAACACUGCUUCGAGGACAGGAAGGACUUACCUGGUCUGGUGUCUUCUCCUCCUUUCUAGUGCUUGUCUUAUGAGCCGAAAGGGCAUAGAAUCUGUCGCUCAGGAAAUGGAAGUGGCUAAAGUAAGACCGCAUGUAACAUUUACGAACAUUAUUGCAUUAGCUUAUUUGAAGAUGAAAGAUUUGACACAUUUGGAUAUUGCACUUUCUCAGCUUCGAGUGCAGAAUGUGAAGCCUGAUAUAGUAACUGUUGGAGUCGCCUUUGAUGCAAAUAUGAGCGGGGUUGGUGGGAUCAAGGUGUUAGAAGUUUGGAGAAGGUUGGGAUGUCUAGAAGGAGAGGUAGAAAUGAAGACUGAUCCUCUAGUUCUCACUGCUUUUGGCAAAGGGUAUUUCCUUAGGAGUUGUGAAGAGCUGUAUUUGUCUCUUGGAUUGAAAGUGAGAGAGAAGAAAGUCUGGACAUAUAAUGAUCUAAUUGAUUUGGUUUCUAAAAACAAUGGAAGAAAUCCUCGUUUGGCACGAGCAAAUCAAUAUUUGAAAUUAUUGCGAUCUUAGAUAUUUGUGCAAAAAGCUAUCCAUGAAAGCUGAAAACUCGAACCUGCAGUUGCAUUGGUAUCAGAAGCUAUAACCAUCAGCAACAUGGGUUUUUAUUGGCGAUCCUUAUGUGAUGGAUAGUAACUGAUUUGUCUGUCUUUUGAUGUGGUGGAAGAUAAUAUUCCUGAGGUGCCAUUUUACCCAAAUCGUCAAAUGGUACCGUGAGUUGAAUAGAGGUUCAAUCUUACACCUAAGGAUCCCGCUGAGAACCACAAGCUGCUUCCAGUUUGGUAUUUUAGAACUUCGCUCGUCCUAUCCAGAUUAUUUGCUUGCAAAGAUGGCUUGAAAUGGCUCCUAUGAUGGCAAGUAGCUCAGCGGUAUGGUGCUUAUUUUGGGCAGAUUGAUUUGGACCCUUUGGAAUGUUAUAAGUCUUCAAUCUUCCACUGACCGGCUUCACUGCAAUAUUUUGGUUACAAGGUGCAUUUUCAGCACCAUUUAAUCAAGUCGUGCUGCUCUCUUUCAAAGCAUGAAGUGUCAUUACGCUAGAUCGGUGUGGGAGAAGUUCUUUGACCUCUUCAGGACGUUUGGGUGCUUAUUUUUGGCUUGGCACGGAGGUGGUUUUGGGAAAGAAGACAAGGUAUUGUGGAGGCUAUCCCUGCUGGCUAGCCUCUGGGCGAUUGGGGUGGGUGCGUCUGAGGUAGGGGUGCAUCUGAGGUCGCAAACCUUGAAUCACUGGUGUGAUUACUACUUGUUUUGGAGAUGUUUUUUUUUUUUUGCCAUUCUCAGUGAUAUGUAAGUUGGAAGUUCUCAUAAAGCAAUUAAUCAAAAUAAUAGAUAAAUAAAUAAUAACUCUCAUGUGUAUGUAUUUUUAUUUUUAUUUUUAUAACAAAUAACAUUAGAAGUGACAAGGUUUCAGUUUUCAUGUGUACAUUUUUUUUAAAAAAAAUCUAUGUAGGCUGCUAGAUUAUUUAUUGUAUCAAUUGUAAGCAAAUCACAUCAACUUCUAAAGAUAUUGAAUUUGUUCUUUUCUUC